AUGGCAAAUACGUAUCCCAUAUCGCGAGAUUACACGAAACCGGCUAUCGAUCAACGAAUCGCUCAAUUAGUGAAAAGAAGAAUUGGCGCACGGGAAGAUUUGCCCACGGAAAGUACAAAGGAGCGACUCGCAAAAUUUAAGGAGAUUCGUAACGCCAGGCAAGGAUUAUUAACAGUUACACAUCGACACGUCUUGGAAACAGCGGCAUAUAUUUUGAAUACAGAUGCUGAAGUGCUGGAAGAAGGAAUUCUCGACAAAGAUGACUACGUAAACGUAUUUAGCAGUUUCUUCGCCGAGGGUGGAAAACAAGCUAUUAUUGUUUAUUUUCAAUCUAUGAAUCCUCCGGCAUUCGAAUCUGGGCGAUGGAUCCCUCAAUUCAGCAAAGAACAGCAAGUUAUACGUUGCUGCAUAACAGAUGGUACUACUGAAGAAUUUUCGGGCAAAUGUGUCAUAGUUUAUCGAUUAAAAUCAAAUCUUGAAUUUGGAAUCAAGCAGUUACUUGACGAAACGUAUUACGCCUAUGCCGAAAUAGAUCAUACAUCACACAGUGCACUGGCAGGUAUAUCUGAUUUAAUUUCGCGUUUACAUGGACGAACGUUAAUUGCUAAUAUGCAAUGGGGAGAAUUGUCGAGAAGCGAAACUGGCGAAAAGAUAAAGGACGAUUUUAUAGGCGAUUUUCGAGAUUUUUGUGAAUUUCUUAAUAUGACAAAGAUAGAUUUGGAAAAUAUUAUAUGCUUUCAAAUUAAUUGGGAUCUUUAUCAAAAAUGUUUGGCGCACCCUGAAAAUAUUAGAGAGAACAUUUGUAAAUUGGAUGUUAUUGAAGCAGCAGAGGCUGAUGUUAAAAUAUGGAAAAAAUUGAUGGAACGGGCCAUUGUCGAGAGUCAACAAUUGCGUAGGGAAACUGAAACUGUAGGACCAUCCGCGGAACUUGCUUAUUGGAGAAGAUUGUUUGCUCAAUUUUCAUCGAUAAUAAAUCACAUAAAGUCUCCUUAUACUCAAUCAUUUAUACAAUUAUUAACGGAAGCAAAGUCAAAACUUAUUAAGAAAUGGAAGAUAUUAGAAGAUCAUGUAACAAAGAUCCAUAUUCUAUCACAAGAUAACGUAAAAUAUUUAUACGCCUUAGAAAAAUUUACACAGCCGUUGUACAGAUUAGAUCCAACGAAAAUAGGAGAUCAUUUACCCGCUCUCAUGUAUGCAAUAAGAAUGAUUUAUACUACUUCACGAUUUUUUAAUACGAGAAAGAUGGUAACCGCAGUAUAUGUAAAGAUAACAAACCAAAUGAUAUUAGCAUGUAAAGCAUAUUUGACGGAGAAUGGAAAACUGAGCAUUUGGAAUGAGUCGAAACAUAUUAUGAUAUCUAAGAUAAAGGAUUGUAUUAAGCUAUGUGAGGUAUAUCAUAAGUGUUACUAUGAUAUGUGCAAAAAGGUCGAAGAAUCCUCAGACGAAAAGCCUUUUGAGGUAUCCGAAAUGUAUGUUUUUGGAAAGUUUGGCACUUUUAAGACGAGAAUAAUAAAAGUGAUUUCCUCGCGAAAAUAUGAUCCUUUGGAUCACAGAAAACCAUAUUUUGAUUCUGAUUACGAUGAAUUUAAAAAGAGCGUAGCGGAGAUGGAUAUGGAGCUUAGAACGUUCUUUUAUAAUCGUGUUUCUCUUCUACCAAAUAUAACACAGAGCUUAGAAUUGAUAGCUAGAUUUCAAAAAUUAAAUCUCAAGCAACUGAGAAUUGAUAGAAAGUGUUUAGAACUCGUCGCAAUGUACGAAAGAGAGAUUGAGGAUAUUCGCGAUAGAUAUAAUGAAGAUAGAUCUGAUCCACCUAUAUCAAAGAAUAUUCCGCCUAUCGCCGGUAGAAUCCUAUGGAUUCGGCAAUUGUAUAAACUAAUUACGUGGUCCUCGUUAAAAAUCUCUAAAGUAUGCGCUAAAAUAGAGGAAACGAUUCAGAAUGCAGAGAUAUUUUUGAAGGAAGUAACAGAUAUGAAAGAAGCGAGAGUGGAUGAAGUAUUUGAGUCUAUUGAGGAAACAAUAUUACUUCAAUUAGAUGGGCAACCGAAAAGUCCAGAACAAUUUUUAGCCGAUAACAUAGCUUUCCGAGAUAAAAUAGCAAUUGACUUGGAGGUAAAAUCUUCAGCAGCGGAAAAAGCUGUUUUCACGAUUAUUAAUAAAUUUAUGGAUCUUGUAACUGAUCCUACCGUGCAAGAUAUUAAAUAUGAGUGGAUGGAUCCCGAAAAAAUUCAAAGACAAGCGGGAUCCGAGAACAAAUUGAUACAGGGACCUUUCGAACCUGGCUUUGGUCAUAUCGAAAGAACGAAUAAAGUUAAAAUAAAUCAAGUGCAUAAUGAUUGCAUGGAACUCUUUGCACAUUUCAAUAAUAAAUUGGUAGAAGCUUUAGUAAAGUGUACAAAGAAUUCUUUAGAUUUAUUAAAACAAAAAGCGACCAUUAUGAGCGUGUUAGUUGAAGAUCUUGAAAUAGAUGAGCAAGAAACUCCGAUUAUGAUGACAUAUUUUGUUUUACAAAUACCGAAUAUUAUAAUCAUCCCAUCGAUAGAAGAAUUACAAAACUACUUUGGUAAAGUUAUAACGAAUAUUGUAGAAACGCAUAAGAAAGUGUUCAUGUGGGGACAACAAUAUUCUACAAAUAUGCAGGCUAAAGCGCUUGAUAAAGAAGAUCUGUUCAAUACCUAUUUUCAAAGCGUAUCAGAUCAUAAAGAGAUAAUACGGAGCUCAAUGAGUCUACAAGGUUUAAUAUUAAUGUUGAGAGAUGAUGUCUCCAAAGUUGGCAAUUCAUAUUUGCGAUAUUCUUACAUAUGGGCAGAGAAUAGAAAUGAGAUAAUACAAGCGUUUGUUGAUUCCAAACCUUUUAUACAAGAAAUCAAAGAGAAAUUUAUGGAAUAUGAAGAUUUAAUGACAGAAAUCCAGAAUUUACCUGAUCGGCACAUACUUGGUCCUCUUCAAAUCAAUACAAAUAAAUUGAAAUUAGCAUUCUUUGUUGAAGCAAGUGCGUGGAAGAGAUCGUUGGGUAUUAUUUUAUCAAAUAGCUACAAAAAAAAAUUGCAAACUAUAACAGACUAUAUUUCUGAAAAGAACAAAGUUCUCUCCAGGAAUAUUAAAGAUUUAGAAGAUGUUAGAGUUGCAAUGAAAUGCUUGGGAGAAGUACGAGACGACUUUAUAUUAUUAGACAUGGAAUUGAUUCUAAUUGAAGAGACUUACACAUUGAUGGCAAAAUUUAACAUAGAUAUAUUGAAGGAAGAUCAAGAUAUAGUAGACGGAUUGAGAUAUAAUUUUAGCACCAUGCUUAAUAUGGCGAAACAAGUUCAAGCAAUUAUAUGCGAGAUGCAAGAGCCAUUGAGAAAAGAACUCAUUAAUGGAGUUGUAGUUCUUAAAGAGAAAGUGACGCAAUUUGACAUAGAUUUUGAAAUUAAUGGCCCGAUGGUUGAAGGAAUACCUGCAAAAGAAGCCAGCGAACGACUUAUCCUGUUCCAAGUACGCUUUGAAGAAUUAUGGGAAAGAUAUGAAACCUAUAGCAGUGGUGAAAGCUUAUUCGGUAUAGAAGUAACGGAAUAUCCAGCUCUGCAACAGAGAAAAAGAGAGAUUAAUUUAUUGCAAAAGUUGUAUACGUUGUACUUACAAGUUAUGCGUACUAUUGACAGCUACUAUGAUAUUCCGUGGUCUGAAAUUGAUAUCGAGGAAAUUGAAACUGAAUUGGCCGAGUUCCAAAACAAAUGUCGAAGAUUACCGAAAGCUAUGAGAGAAUGGCCCGCAUAUAUUGACCUAAAAAAGAAGAUCGAUGAUUUCAACGAAAUGUGUCCAUUAUUAGAGAUGAUGGCUAAUAAAGCUAUGAAAGACAGACAUUGGGAGAAAUUAUCGAAGUUGUGUCAUUAUUUUUUUGAUGUGGAAUCUGAAACUUUCACCUUGGCAAACGUUAUGCAAGCACCAUUGCUAAUAUACAAAGAUGAUGUGGAGGACAUAUGCAUUAGUGCAGUAAAGGAACAAGAUAUCGAAUUUAAAUUGAAGCAGAUAAUUGCAGAUUGGGCGAUUGUGAAUCUGCAAUUUGCCAGCUUCAAACAAAGAGGCGAAUUAAUGCUAAAAGGUAUCGAAACGGCUGAAAUAAUAGCACAGCUUGAAGACAGUUUAAUGAUUAUAAGUUCCUUGCUGGCAAAUCGUUACAACGCACCGUUUAAGAAAGAGAUUCAGUUAUGGCAGACUAAGCUUAGCAAUACGUCAGAAAUAUUGGCGAAAUGGUUAACGGUGCAGAAUCUAUGGGCUUAUCUAGAAGCAGUAUUUAUCGGCGGUGAUAUAUCAAAGCAACUGCCUACUGAAGCGAAGCGUUUUAAUGCCAUUGAUAAAUCUUGGGUCAAGCUUAUGCUUCGUGCUCAUGAGAAAUUGAACGCGGUGGAAACAUGUACUGGAGAUGAAACCAUGAGCCAGUUUUUACCUCAUUUAUUAGAACAACUAGAAUCGUGCCAAAAAUCUCUUAGCGGCUAUCUAGAGACGAAACGAGUUAUUUUCCCGAGAUUCUGCUUUAUAUCUGAUCCUACCUUGUUGGAGAUACUUGGACAAGCAGCGGACUGUCACACAAUACAGAAUUAUCUUGACGGAUUUUUCGAUAAUAUAGCAAAGCUAAAGUUUUCCGAAAAGGAAUAUGAAAAGAUUGUAGCAAUGUAUUCGCGGGAAAAUGAAGAAAUAGUGUUAGAAAAGGAAGUCGCAUGUACAGGAGGCGUGGAGAAUUGGCUAAAUACCUUCUUAACGGUCCAUCAACAAUCCGUUGGCGUCGUAAUUUCGUUAGGAUUGCAGUCAUUUUAUGUGCCUGAAUUUGAUAUCUUGUCGUUAAUAGAAAACUCUGUUUUACAAGUGGGUUUAUUAGCGUUACAAGUUUUGUGGACGCGCGAUUCCGAAAUAGCAGUCACAACAGCCAAACGUGACAGGACGAUAAUGAAAAGAACCAAUCAAUGGUUUCUAGAUUUGUUAAACAGUCUUAUAGAAAUAACAGUUAAGGAUCUUACCAAAUAUUCUAGAGCAAAAGACAUAUUUGACGAUCUGUGUCGUCUCAGAAUUCGGAAUAUACAUGAUUUCGAAUGGUUAAAACAAUGUCGAUUCUACUACAACGACGAAUCAGAGGAUGUCACAAUCAGAAUAACCGAUGUGGAAUUUAUUUAUCAAAAUGAAUUUUUGGGUUGCACAGAUCGUCUCGCAAUUACGCCGCUUACAGACAGAUGUUACAUAACGCUAGCGCAGGCUGUGGGAAUGAAUUUCGGUGGAGCCCCCGCGGGCCCUGCUGGCACGGGUAAAACAGAAACAACGAAAGACAUGGGGAAAGCGCUAGGAAAAUACGUUGUUGUAUUUAAUUGCUCCGAUCAAAUGGAUUUUCGAGGUUUAGGCAGGAUAUUUAAGGGACUGGCGCAAUCCGGUAGCUGGGGAUGCUUUGACGAAUUUAAUCGAAUUGAUCUACCAGUAUUAUCCGUUGCCGCACAACAAAUAGCAAUCGUGCUUAAUGCGCGAAAAGAACGAAAAAUGAGUUUCUUGUUUAGCGAUGGCGAAACGUAUAAACUCAACUACGAAUUUGGAAUAUUUAUUACCAUGAAUCCCGGAUAUGCUGGUCGACAAGAAUUACCGGAAAAUUUGAAAAUACAGUUCAGAAGCGUGGCUAUGAUGGUUCCUGACAGACAAAUCAUAAUGCGAGUGAAACUUGCAGCAUGCGGCUUCAAAGAGAACAUAGUAUUAUCGCGGAAAUUUUUCACGUUGUAUAAAUUAUGCGAGGAGCAGCUCAGCAAGCAAGUGCAUUAUGAUUUUGGAUUAAGAAACAUUUUAUCGUGUUUACGGACGCUUGGUGCUCAAAAACGCGCGCAUCCCACCGAUUCCGAGGAGACCACACUUAUGAGAGUAUUACGCGAUAUGAAUCUAUCUAAAUUGGUGGAUGAAGAUGAGUCUCUUUUCAUGUCGCUUAUUGAGGACAUGUUUCCGGGUAUUAAGCUAACAGUACAAACGUAUAAAGAAUUACAGAAAGCGAUUGCUAAUGCUACAGUUGCCCUUGGCAUAAUGAAUCAUAGCGAAUGGAAUUUAAAAACUGUACAGCUAUACGAAACAUCGCUCGUACGCCACGGUUUGAUGGUUUUGGGACCAACGGGAUCUGGUAAAACGCGAUGCAUGUUGGCGCUGAUGAGAGCUCUAACAGAGAUGGGUAUACCACAUAAGGAAAUUAGAAUGAAUCCAAAAGCGAUAACUGCAUCUCAAAUGUUUGGAAAACUCGAUGUUGCAACGAACGAUUGGACGGAUGGUAUAUUUUCUACUAUAUGGCGAAAAUCUAUGCAAACGAAAAAAACAGAGAAUUUAUGGAUUGUAUUGGACGGUCCUGUCGAUACAGUAUGGAUUGAAAAUUUAAAUUCCGUUCUGGAUGACAAUAAAACGUUGACAUUAGCAAAUGGAGAUCGCAUUAUUAUGGCAGCGAAUACGAAAUUAGUGUUCGAACCUGACAAUGUGGAUAACGCGUCUCCGGCGACCAUAUCGCGCAUGGGAAUGGUCUUUGUUAGUGCUUCUGUGCUAAAAUGGAAUUCAAUUUUAGAGGGUUGGCUCAAAAAAUGUUCCACCAAUGAAGCUGAAGUGUUACGAAUGUUGUUUCAUAAAAUAUACGGCGAUGCGCAUACGUUCGUUCAAACAAAGCUUCAUGCAGAAAUGACGCUCUUAGAAGCGCUUUAUAUACGGCAAUGUAUUGACCUAUUGGAAGGUUUGAAUAUCGGAAAUUCUGAUCCAACCAAAAUAUUGCCUCAACAUCAUAUCGAAAAACUCUUUCUGUUCUCUCUCAUGUGGAGCCUUGGUGCUGUAUUAGAACUUGGUGGGCGACUCGCAUUACAAGAGUAUCUUGUAAAUCAUGAAUCAAAUUGUAACUGGCCAAGUUAUACAGAAGAUGAAACUAUUUUUGAGUACCUAGUAUCAGACGACGGAAAAUGGAUACAUUGGAGUAAAAUGGUGUCAGAAUUCAAAUAUCCUCCAGAUCGUGUCUUGGAAUACCACACUAUUCUUGUGCCUAACGUCGAUAAUACAAGAACGUUAUAUCUAAUCGAUAUCAUAGCAAAGCAGGGAAAAGCAGUACUCUUGAUAGGCGAAGAGGGUACUGCGAAAAGCGUAAUGAUGAAAAGCUACAUGUCUAAGCAUGAUCCUGAAUAUCAUUUGAAUAAAUUUUUUAACUUUUCUUCAGCAUCUACGCCAAACAUGGUUCAGCGCAUAUUUGAGAGUUACGUUGAAAAACGAGUGGGUACUACUUACGGUCCCCCUGGUGGACGUAAAAUGAGCAUUUUUAUCGACGACAUAAAUAUGCCGGUCAUAAACGAAUGGGGCGAUCAAAUUACAAACGAGGUUGUCCGUCAGUUAAUGGAAUACAAAGGAUUUUAUUCCCUGGAUAAACCGGGUGACUUUUGCACUAUGCAAGAUAUUAUGUUACUUGCCGCGAUGCAUCAUCCGGGUGGAGGACGAAACGAUAUCCCACCGCGAUUAAAACGGCAAUUCAAUAUUUUUAAUUGCACAUUACCGUCCAAUAAAUCUAUGGAUACAAUUUUCAGCGUUAUCGGCCAAGGCUACUUUUGUAUCACGAGAUUCUCUGAAAUCAGUCACAAUUUCUUGCCGAAGCUUGUACCAUUGACACGAAUACUAUGGCAGCAAACCAAAGCGAAAAUGUUACCGACUCCAGCAAAAUUCCAUUAUGUUUUUAACUUGCGUGAUUUGUCCCGUAUUUGGGGGGGAUUACUUAGAAUAGAAAGAGCUGAAUGCGAAUCUAUAACGACGCUGCUGAAAUUGUGGGAGCACGAAUGCAUACGCGUGAUAGACGCUCUAGUGCAUUUGAUACGAAUAUCGAGAAUACUUGGAGUUCCCAGAGGUAAUGCAUUGCUAGUGGGUAUCGGAGGCUCCGGCAAGCAGAGUAGUUUGAUGGACGAUUUACGAAAGUUAUAUCGCACCGCUGGUAUUGGUAGCAAAGGCCUCACAUUUAUUUUUACCGACAAUGAAAUAAAAGAUGAAGCAUUUUUAGAAUAUAUAAAUAAUAUGCUAAGCGUCGGCGAAGUGGCCAAUCUUUUCCCAAAGGACGAGUUAGAUGACAUUUUGACAAUUGUCACGCCGCUAAUGAAGAAGGACGAUCCUCGACGACCGCCGACACAAGACAAUCUUUAUGAUUAUUUUAUAUCGCGAGCAAGAAAUAAUUUACAUAUUGUUUUAUGCUUUUCACCAGUUGGUGGAAAGUUUAGAUCUCGAGCGUUAAAAUUUCCUGGCCUUAUAUCUGGUUGCACAAUAAAUUGGUUCUUAAGAUGGCCAAGGGACGCACUAUACGCAGUCGGUGAACAUUUCUUAGACAAAUAUAAAGUCAUAUGUAGCCCAGAAGUAAAGCAACAAUUAAUGCAAGUUGUAGGUGAUGUUCAAGAUGACGUAAGCGACACAUGUACAGAAUAUUUUGACAGGUUUCGACGUCAAGUAUAUGUGACUCCAAAAUCAUUUUUAACAUUUCUCGAUAGUUAUAAAACGCUGUAUAAGCAACGUUUGGAUAACAUUAAUACGCUUACUUCUCGUAUGACUAGUGGUCUGAGCAAAUUAAUUGACGCUGCAGCUCAGGUUGAUAUAUUACGGAAAGAAUUGGAAAAAACUCAAGAAGAGAUUGUAGCGAAAAAUGUGCAAGUGGAAGUGAUUCUCGUUACUGUGAACGAGAAAAAGAGAGAAGCUGAGAGUGUGAAAGCAAAAGUGCAAGUGUCGAAAGAUGAAGCGGAAGCGAUUCUACAAGUAAUUGCGAAAGAUAAGGCUGUAGCAGAACAAAAAUUGAAAACCGCGGAGCCUGCCUUGUUAGAAGCUGAAGCUGCGUUACAGACUAUAAAAGCGGCAGAUAUCUCUACUGUUCGUAAAUUGGCUAAACCGCCGUAUUUAAUUACACUUAUAAUGGACUGCGUUCUGAUUCUAUUUGGAAGAAAGUUAGAACCAGUCAAACCUGAUUACGAACAUCAAUUUCUAACACCUUCAUGGACAGAAUCCUUAAAGGUCAUGGCUGAUACUAGAUUUUUGUAUAAUAUACAAAAUUUUCCAAAGGAUAAUAUAAAUGCUGAAACUGUCGAUUUAAUGAUGCCGUAUUUAAAUUUCCACUUGUAUACUUACGAAGCCGCGAAACAAGCCUGCGGAAACGUAGCGGGUCUCAUACAGUGGACUAUCUCUAUGGUUGCCUUUUAUGAAAUAAAUAAAGACGUGCUGCCUUUAAAGGCAAAUCUUCUUGUACAAGAAAGUAAAUAUGGAAAAGCCAACAGAAAUUUGCUUGAGGCGGAAGAACUGCUGAAAGAAAAAGAUGACGCUUUAAAAAUCGUGCAAAGUGAAUUUGAUGCCAUGAUGCAGGAACGACAAAUAAUUGUUGACCAAGCUGCGGCUUGUCAAGCAAAAAUGGAUACCGCGGCCGCUAUGAUUGAAGGAUUAUCCGGAGAAAGAGCAAGAUGGACGGAGCAAGUAGCUGUAUUUAAAUCAGAAACAGAACGUCUUGUCGGAGAUGUAUUGGUACUUACCGGAUUUCUUUCUUACUGCGGACCAUUCAAUCAAGAAUUCCGAGUUCUUUUGCAGAGAAAGUGGUUUGACUUUUUACAAGAUAGAAAGAUCCCAAUUUCUGUUACCAUAAAUAUCGUUAACACAUUGACAGAUACAGCUACGAUUGGCGAUUGGAGUUUGCAAGGCCUGCCGACCGAUGAAUUAUCUGUUCAAAAUGGGAUAAUUGUAACGAAAGCAUCGAGAUAUCCUCUUUUAAUUGAUCCACAAUUGCAAGGCAAAACAUGGAUUAAAAAUAAAGAAACGGAUUUUAAUUUACAAAUAACAUGGUUUACGCACAAAUAUUUCAGAAAUCAUUUAGAGGAUUCUGUAUCUAUAGGACGACCGUUAUUAAUCCAAGAUGUAGGGGAAGAAUUAGAUCCAGUGUUAGAUAAUUUGCUGGAAAAGAAUUUUAUAAAAAUAGGAACUUCCUUAAAGGUUAAAUUAGGAGACAAAGAAGUGGACGUUAGCAAGGAUUUUAGACUUUAUAUCACAACAAAGUUACCAAAUCCUUCUUAUACUCCCGAAAUAUUUGCCCGUGCAUCUAUAAUCGAUUUUACUGUUACGAUGAAAGGUCUAGAGGACCAACUUUUAGGAAGAGUUAUUCUAACAGAGAAAAAGGAGUUGGAAACAGAAAGAACGCAAUUGAUUGCCGAUGUAACCGCAAAUAACAGAAAGAUUAAAGAAUUAGAAACGAGUCUUCUACAUAGAUUAGGAACUGUACAGGGCUCUUUGAUAGAAGACGUUGAAUUAAUGUCAGUAUUAAAUACCACGAAGCAGACAGCGGAGGAAGUAAAUGUAAAGCUGAGUAUCGCAAAGGAUACGGAAUUAAAAAUCGAUACAGCACGUGAAGAAUUCCGACCGAUUGCAACGCGUGGUAGCGUUUUAUAUUUCUUGAUAUGUGACAUGCCGCACGUCAACUGUAUGUAUCAAACGUCCCUCGUUCAAUUCUUAGAACGAUUUGAUAUCUCCAUGGAUAGGUCUGAGAAGAGUCCGGUCAAUCAAAGAAGGAUAAAUUACAUUAUCGAAUACCUGACGUAUGAUAUAUUUAAGUACAAAGCACGCGGACUUUACGAGAUACACAAAUAUAUGUUUAGUCUGUUGAUGACAUUAAAAAUCGAUCUACAACGCGGCAGCAUUACGCACGAAGAAUUUCAAUAUUUAAUUAAAGGCGGCGCAGCGUUGGACCUAAAAGCAGUCGAGCCGAAACCUUGCAAAUGGAUUACGGAUGUGACAUGGCUUAAUCUCAUUGCACUCUCGUCAUUGCGACAAUUUCAGUACAUUGUAUCUCAAGUACCCGCUUCCGAGAAAGUUUGGAAACAUUGGUUCGACAAAGAUGCACCAGAAGAGGAAAUUAUACCAGAUGGUUAUAACGUUUUGGACACGUUCCGACGAUUGCUCUUAAUUAGAGCUUGGUGCAUGGACAGAGCGUUGUCGCAAUCUAGGAAAUACAUGGCGUCUUCCUUAGGAGCGAAAUACGCAGAGCCCGUGAUUACGCUUCUGGACGUGAUGCAUAGCGAAUCAAGGCCAAACACGCCAAUGAUUUGUUUUUUAAGUAUGGGAUCGGAUCCUACGCAUAGUAUCGAACAACUCGCGAAAAGAAUGGAGAUUGUUUGUAGAAGUGUAUCGAUGGGACAAGGUCAAGAAGUUCAUGCUCGUCGACUACUGAAUAGCGCAAAAACUGAGGGUUUUUGGGCAUUAUGCCAGAAUUGCCAUUUAGGCUUAGAAUACAUGGCAGAAUUGGCAAACUUUCUUUUGGAGAUGGAGGCACCUCAUCCGGAUUUCCGCGUAUGGAUCACGACGGAACCGCACAAAGAUUUUCCCGUUUCCUUGCUACAAAUGUCUAUAAAAUAUACGUACGAACCUCCGCAAGGAGUACGCGCUGGUUUGUUGGCGACGUAUAGCGGCAUGAAUCAGGAAAUGCUGGAUCAAUGCGACGCCGCGCAAUAUAUACCGCUCAUAUACACCGUAUCUUUUCUGCACACGAUUGUUCAGGAAAGACGGAAAUUCGGUCCUCUGGGAUGGAAUAUACCUUACGAAUUUAAUUUAGCAGACUGGUUGGCGUCCUGCAUGUUUAUAAAUAAUCAUUUAAAUGAUUACGACUCGAAGCGCGGUAUAAAUUGGCAGAUUGUGCGUUAUAUGAUAGGUGAAGUGCAAUACGGUGGACGUGUUACAGACGAUUACGAUAAAAGACUGUUAAAUACUUUCGCGAAAGUAUGGUUCACAGAUGCGCUUUUUGCGGAAGGUUUCGAUUUUUACAAGGGUUAUCCUCUCUUGAUAUUUAAGCAAGUGAGCGAUUAUUUACAAGCGAUAGAUCCCAUGAGUACCAUAGAUCCGCCACAAGUAUAUGGCUUACAUCCAAAUGCAGAUAUUACAUAUCAGAGUAACACUACGCAGACUAUACUAGAUACGAUAAUAUCUGUACAGCCGAAAGAAGCGGGUGCUGUUGGAGCAGAAUCUCGGGAGGUGGUUGUUACAAGACAGGCAAAGGAAAUGCUGGAAAAAGUUCCAGCACUAUACGACAUGUUUCAAGUUAAAGACAGAUUACGCGCAAUGAAUCAUGCUGCUCCAAUGAAUAUUUUUUUAAAACAAGAGAUUGACAGGAUACAAGUAGUUAUAAAAUUGGUCCGCGUUACACUCAAGGAUCUUUUGUUGGCUAUAGAAGGUGUAAUUAUAAUGAAUGAGGAAUUGCGAGAUGCUCUCGAUAAUAUAUACGAUGCGAAAAUACCAAGAAUCUGGAAAGCUCGAUCAUGGGAGUCUACUUCCUUGGGCUUCUGGUUUACGGAACUAUUAGAGAGAAACCAACAGUUUUCGACUUGGCUGCAGAGUGGAAGACCGGCAAAGUUUUGGAUGACUGGAUUUUUCAAUCCACAAGGAUUUCUAACGGCAAUGAAACAGGAAAUAACGCGGGCUCAUAAAUGGGCUUUGGAUAAUGUUACGCUUCAUAAUGAAGUUUUGCGUAAUAUUGCAGAGGAGAUCAAGGCACCGCCACCUGAAGGUGUUUACGUUUAUGGACUAUUUCUGGAAGGUGCCGGCUGGGAUAGAAGAAAUAGCCGUUUAUGUGAAUCGUCAAAUAAAGUUCUUUACGUAUUAAUGCCAGUAAUACAUAUUUUUGUUUUACAUAAUGUUCCAGAUAAGAGUCCGAAAUUGUAUCAGUGUCCCGUAUAUAAAAAGCCUCAGAGAACUUAUAUAUUAUUAAUAACUCCGCUUUGGCUGCAAACUAUAAAAAGUCCUGAUUCUUGGAUAUUACGUGGAGUCGCUCUGUUAUGUGAUAAUAAAUAAUUCUAUUAUGAAUAAAAAAACCUGUUUUUAAACUCUCAUCUGUUAUAGAUUCCACGCAUUGCGUGCGUUGAA